AUGAGCCACACAUUUCACUGGGGAUUAGACGGCCUAGAUAAGUCUCGCUUUGAGGCUUAUACUAAGCUAUUGAGCCUUCGCAAUGGAGGACAGGUAGAUGAUGCUAUCAUAUUCGACGCUUGCGAAGCAGGCCCCGAUGCAAUAGAAUCAGCAGAGGACAGCGAUUCCGUUACAGGACAACCAUUGACCAACUUCGAUAAUGAUAAGCUCAAGCGCGCAUUCCUUGACAGAUUGUCCGAGAUUUUAUCUCAAACAAGAGGCGGUUAUCACGUAGCUGCUGCACUAAUGGUAGAGAACAUAGAAGCCCCUGAAGUAACUGUCGCCAAGAACUCUGGGUUGAAGCAAACAGAUAAAGACUUUGUAACGGCUUUGGAAAAGGUCCUGAGACGCCUGGCGGGCGAUCCAAUUUCUCCUCGGGACACGUCUGAGAUGUGGGAGUUACUACUAAACCAAUACGCACCCAGGAUAAGAGGAUACAUAUCAGACCUCCAGGGUUCUUUGACUCAAGGUCAGAUCCAGCUAAUGGAGCGCUCCGACUCAGAAACUACAAGAAGCCUUGCAGGACGAAUCGAAACGCUAUCUCAAGCCUUGAAUCGAGUGCCGCACGAUAUAAGCAACAUUGUUCUCGCGGCAUAUCACGUACGAGUCCUCAAUAAUGUCUCCGCGUUUGAGCGCAUUCAGCCGGAAAAGCCUUCAGUCGGCAUAAAAAUUGGCGAGUUGAUUUACCUGCUGGCUCGACCUCACGUAGCCUUUCUUACCUUUAUCCGAGCUAUAGAGAGAAUUGAAGGGUUUGACAAAUUGCGCAUAAGAUGGGUUGAGCUGUCUUCUCUUGUCAAAAAGACAACUCACGCCAACAAGCCCACAACUACUCCAUGGACCGUGGGCCAAACUUUCAAGGCCCUAGGUAUCAAGUUUACUGACACGGAAACAAAAACCUUGAUGAAUUCAGAGGCGGGAAAAUCCUCAACGUGGACGAGGGACAAAUUGGUUAACAAGUUCAGUAAGCUCAGGACAACUGAGGAUAAUGUUCACGCCGAAGUACAGCUUAUUUUUGACGUAUCUAAGAGAUAUAUGUUGUUAGACCCUGUAUUCAAAUACAUUGGUUGCAGUAAGCGGUCCUGCCUUCUCUGCUUUGGGUUCAUAUCAACGAUCGGGUUCGCUUGUCGGGGUUGCCACGGAAAAGUCUAUGAGAUGUGGACUAUACCCGAGUCUGAUGGACUUAGUGACACCUCUCUAGAACUAAUAUCUAGGGCAGUUAAGGAGCUACAGAGCCAGGUCGCAAAGUUGCUUCGGCAUGGUGUAAAGCCUAGAUCGCACGUCAAGGAGUCAACUGUUGGCGGUUCUUCUAUUGCAACUGCUAUACCACAUACAGACAAUCAACAUCUGGCGACGCUGAUAAGGAACCAUCUGCAAACAAACAGAGAACAUUCUAUAUCGAAUAGGCCCAUGGCGAGGUAA